AUAGUAUACCCAGGUAUCACGAGACUUGCCCUGGACAACGAAAUGACGUAGAUAGUGUCACUGAAAGAGGAUAUUAAAGGUUUGAAUAAGUAAUAAAUGAAAAAGAUACAAUUUAGUUGUGCUGAAAGUGUUACUGUGUCUCUUCCUGCUGCUGAAUUUGUUCAAUUUGACCUCAAGUUCCUCAAAUUCAAAUAUGGCUGAUAGCAAUUUGAAUAAUAACACAUCUGCAGCAUUAUCCAAGUCCAAUUUACAGUUUACCUUUAAGUUGCACAAAGAGUUAACAAAGGGUAAUUCCAACAGUGUUUUCUUUUCACCAUUCAGUAUAUCAACUGCCCUUUCUAUGACCUUUCUUGGAGCACGAGAGAAAACUGCAGAACAGAUGGCAGAUGCACUGGGAAUAUCAGAUAUGAAAGAUGAGGUUCAUCAAUCAUACGAAAAUUAUUUGUCUAUCAUUUUGAAGGAAAAUGAAAAUUUUACUCUUUACACAGCUAACAGACUAUUUCCAAACCAUUUAUUCAAAGUUGAGACUGAUUAUAUAAAUAGUUGUAUAAAACACUACCAAGCUGACAUCCUUCCAUUGGAUUUUUCUCAGGGUGAGGUUUCUAGGAAAAUUAUCAAUGGCUGGGUCAGUCAGAGAACAAAUGACAAGAUUAAGGACUUGAUCCGUUCUGGAAUUCUUACACCAGAUGUUUUUAUGGUUCUUGUAAAUGCAAUAUAUUUCAAGGGUAAUUGGGCUAGCCAAUUUGAUGAGAAGCAAACUCAUAAAGAUCGCUUCCACAUAAACCUCUCAGAAGAAGUGGAAGUUGAUAUGAUGUAUCAGAAGAAGAAAUUUUAUUUCACAUACAAUCCACAUCACCUCUGCAGUGUGUUAGAAUUGCCAUAUAAAGGAGACAGCCUUAGUAUGCUAUUCAUCCUGCCAGACAGUACUGAUGGCUUGGCUGCCAUUGAAGAAGCCAUGAAUCCUGAUUUGUUCAAUGAACUUCAGAGUACUCUCAGAAAUAAUUCAGAUGUUCAAGUUUUUAUACCAAAAUUUAAGUUGGAAACCCAAUUUGAACUGUCAACAAUUUUGUCCAAAUUGGGAAUGCCAGAUGCCUUUAACCAAGCAAAGGCAGAUUUUUCUGGAAUGGAUAAAACAAAGAAUGUUUACAUUUCUAAAGUCAUACACAAGGCUUUUGUGGAAGUUAACGAGGAGGGAACGGAAGCAGCUGCAGCAACAGGAGUCGUCAUGAUGACGAAUGCUGUUGUCCGAAGGCUUAUUUUCAAGGCUGACAAACCAUUCUUAUUCUUUAUUAAGGACAAAAGAUCAAAUAUUGUUCUGUUUAGUGGUAGAUACACUGGUUCAGAAAAAAAGUCAUGAGAAUAAGAGAAGAUUGAUUUGAUUGUCAUGAAUAUUGGUGUCACUUAUAUAUAUAAUAUUAAUAAAUUUGAUUAGAUUAUUACAGUUGAUAUAAUAUUCAGAAAUGUUUUUUAUAACGUGCAUGCUGAGAUAAAGUAUUUAUUAUUGACAUUUUUAACCAAAAAAAUUGAAGUUAGAUUACCAAUAUCACCAACAAUUAAUAGGUUCCAACUGUACUAGUUGUUAAUUUGUUCCCGUCCCGAACAUACAUGAAAUAUUUGUCACUGGACGUUAAGCAAACAAAAAUCAAUCAAUCAUUAACUUGAUUUUGUCCUGUAUAUUCAAGUAAACAGCAAUCAAUUAUUUUAAUCCAGAUAUAAAUAGAUUGUCGGUCUUACUUCCAAAACUCUUAAACACACAUUGAUUUAAAUCAUUUAGAGUCAAGGAACGGUCUUCCCAUGUAUAGCUUUUUUUAUCUGUUUCCAUUCAUAUAAUUGACUGUUGAACAAGACAACAAUCAUAACAAGAUCUGUGCCAUGAUAUUCAUGAUUGAUGACUCUGUUCCAAAAACAAUGAAAUUUAUUGAUUAAUUUAAACAAUAAGUUACUUCCAAUAAACUCAGCAUAGAUACCAGGAUUAAAAUUAUAUACGUUAGACGACCGUUUCGACUAUAUAAAAUACUCAGCAGUGACGUUCGAAUCAAAAAAGUUUUUAAGACCAAAUAAAAUAUGAAGUUGAAGAGCAUUGAGAACCCAAAUUUCCGAAAGGUCUUUUUGCAUUUAUUCAAGUCAACCAAGAUAUUUAUACUUGUUGUAUUUGAGUCAGAAAAGGGCGAGUUGCUAGUUGACUGUGUUACUAUUUUAUGAUCGGUUCAUUAAAUUCUAUCAAUUGUUACUACAUGGUCUGUGGUUUAACCAUUAAUGUUCAGUAACUUGAUAUUUCAAUAAAAAUUACAAGAGGUAAA